UACUGAAACAACGAAUCGCAGAAAACAAAGUGUAACAACACACAAAAACAAUUAACGUUUUGCUUUCAGCGUUUUUCACUAAAUAAAAUAAAUAAAUACCAUCUGUUACUUGGCAAAGCGUAAAAGAUGCGCGUUGCCCAAUAUUUUACUUCGCGGUGAAAAGUUUUUAUGUGAAGGAACUCAUACAAAUCGUACAUUGAACUUUUCUGUCAAAACAAAUAUUCAGACGCAAAGUUAUAUAAAAGUUCUAUGUGAAUUGGUCAUAAUUCCCGUUUUGAAAAAUGGUAAAACGCAGUGCUGCAUUACGCAGUAUUAAAUAGACAAUUUAAUAAUAUAUGAAAACUAAUUGAUGACGUGUAUUUAUAACAAGAGGAAAUAUACUUUAAUAUAUAAUAAGCUUUACUAAUGAUAGGAAAAAUUGAUAUAUGUUUGAAAAAGUUGCAAUAAAAUAAUAAUUUCAUUAUAAAGCAUUUUUCAUUCGUUUUUAUUCAAACAUGAAUCUCUGAACAAUUAACACAAAGCCCGCAGUUUUAUGUGGUGAAUUUAGCUGCCGAAAUUACAACAACUACAAUAGAAAGUGUACUACUGUGCCUAAACAUAUUAAACAAAAGCGUGGAAGUGGCUUCAUAAAUACCUAUAUUUUUGUUUAGAGAAUUUACAAUUUAGUAAAAUAAAAGCAAACGUAAUGGGCAAGGAAAAGAAGCAAUUUAAUAUUGGAGAUUUAGUUUUCGCAAAGGUGAAGGGGUACCCGGCCUGGCCUGCAAAGAUAACUAAGUAUAACAAUAAAAAGUACAGCGUGUACUUUUAUGGAACUGGCGAGACAGCCAACAUUAAAGUGGAAGAUCUCUUUCAGUAUGUGGAGAGUAAGGAAAAAUUUGCUACCGAUAAAAAUCUUAAACGUUCAAAUUUUCGCGAGGCUAUUGAGCAGAUAGAGGCAGCCUUGAAUGGCGAAGACUCGGCACCAAUCGAUUUACCGGAGGCUGCAGCUACGGCGGACGAAUUGUUAGAUGAUGGAAUUGACGGAUUUGCGGAUGUUACUGCUGAUGAUUCGCAAAUACAAGAAAAUGCGACUCAGGAAAUAAUAGACAAGGAUGCUGACUCUAGCGCAGCAAAUAUCGAUGAGUCGUUGCCAAAUAAACCAAAAGAAGAUAAGCAAGUUCCAGUCGUAACGUCUACUACUGAUAACGCAGAAUUAGUUAGUCGCAGUGGACGAAAAAUCAAAACGAAACGGUACAUUGAUGAAGUGCAUGAGGGUCCCAAUCUUUCCCAUUCGCCACCGGCGAAGAAAAAAGUACCAGCAGAAGGUGUUGGUGCAGAUUCGAAAAAAUCUGCAAAGAAGUCGAGCAGUUCCUCUAAGCCCACGGCUACCAUAACGCCAACCGUAAAGAAUUCAGUGGGUAACAAAAGUGAAGUCUACAACAAUCUUUUAUUAGCUUUCGUACCACCAGCUAAAUGUGUUGGUAUCAAAUUGGAUUACGGAAAACCAGAAACAUUCGCAACCCCAUCAGAACGUAUUAAAUGGGAAGAGAAGUCUCGAAAAGAUGCUGGCGACCUAAAAGAAAAACUGGAAAUUGGUCAAAUAAAGCUAGAUGCGGUAAAAGAUCGUGUUAUUGUAAAUCCUCCAAGGUCAAAAAUCCAUCAAGAUGCUGCAAAUAGAUUUACCAACCAAAUGAUAGAACAAGAAGAUGCGCUCUUUGUUGAACGAGAUUUUAUACAAAUGUCGCAGCAAUUGCGUGAGAGUUUAGGCCUUAAGAGUGCCGACGUUAAUCGAUGUGUCGAGUUGCUUAAGCAGUAUAAAGAUUUCGAAUUGACACAGUUAAUGCUAUUACGUAAUCCAGAUUGUGUGGAUAUUAUAAGACGUUUGCGGCGCUACGUCGGAAAUUUAAAAGAAUGGUCUUUGAGCGCCGAAGAAGAAACUGAAUUUAGAACUAAAGCAGAAAUAAUACGCAAUGAAGCAAUUGUUAUUUACAAUUAUUUCAAGAAAAUUUUUAAAAUUUCAUCUGAUCAACAAUUUUGGGAGCCUUUCUGUGAUCAAGUUAAAACCUAUAAGGAGUGCACAAAACAUAUUAGCGAGCAAAAUCGUAUUACAAUGAGUGAGAAAACGUAUAUGAGUAUUCUUGCAAAUUUUAAAAAAGAUGGAAAACGUGCUCAGGAUAAAGAGUCAGAGUCGAAAAGUGAUGUUAAGAAGGAUAACAUAAACGAAGACAAUCCAGCGGAUGCUAAUGAGAAACCUAACACUAGCGACACCGAAACUGACAGAGUAGAAAUGGACGACUCCAUCGCAAACACAGAAAGCAAUAUAGUAGAAGCUUUAGAGUCUUAAAUAUUACUUGUUCAGAAAAUAAAUAUUUGAAUAAACCAGAUUCAAUUCAUUGUCGAACUGGUCAUUUAACUGUUGGAGUGCUAUAAAUAAAAAAAAUUUCUAAAAUCCGUAUUUUACAUACAUACAUACCUACAUUUAAUAUAUAUGAAAAACAUUCUGUAGAAUAUUUAAUUUGUUUUUUUUUUUUGUUUUAAUUCCAAAUCGAAUAAUGUAUCAAAAAAAUAAAUCUACUUAUAUAUAACAUUGGCUUAUAAAAGUAUAUUGUUGCUCGAAACAGACAUCUUACAUUAAUAAAAUAUGUCAACUAUCCUACUAAUGAAACCAGCGGGAUUGGUUUCAAUACGCUUCAACACAUCUUUGAUAUCAUCUAUGCGUUUAUAAUGUGUCACACCAAUAAGUUGCCAAAUCUCAUAAAUUAUUUGUAUUUACAUUUCUUAUGUCAAUAAUUUCGUUAUUUGAUUAAAUUGAUGCGAGUUUAUAGAUAAUGAACUGAAGAACAUCACAUAAAUUCAAUAAAUAUGAAAUAGUAUCUAGAGAUUUUCUAUAUAAAGAUAUACAAGCAACGCAUACACAUAAUAAAGCUAUCAAUAUCCAUUAAUAA